AACUGCUGAUUGACUCAGUUUGAGCGUCCUAAAUUGGUCUCCUAUUGGGUGCCGCGCUCAAUAUCGGAAUUGAAUGUCAGAGUCUCGCUGCAAUAUUGUAUCCUCUGCACAACAGCACCAGGCUAUUCGGCCUGUCGCGUCGAUGCCUCCCCGAGGUUAAUGCCACAUUUUGUUGCUAUCCUCCCCGCCUUCGCCUCUGUCCCUCACACCGGGGGAGGGGAGGUUUGUUUUCGAGCGGUGGCAGGCAGCCGGCGAGGGGAGUUUGGAGGCAGUCUGCCCGAACUCACAGGCUCCUCCCGUCACUGGGAGCUGCAGGAGCGGCGGCCGCUGCACAACACGCGGGCCGGGAGCAGCAGCUGCCUCUCCUGCCGGAGCUGGGCGGAGGAUGGCGGAGGCGCUGCUAGCGGCCGCGGGGCUGGACGAGUCGGAGGCCGAGCUGUCGCAGAGUCUGGCCCGGACCAAGACGCGCUCGUACGGUAGUACGGCCAGCGUGUCGGCGCCUUUGGCCGAGCGCUACAUCCAUCACCCGGUGGGAGAGGGCGACACGCUGCAGGGCCUUGCCCUGCGCUACGGAGUCACGACGGAGCAAAUAAAAAGAGCAAAUAAACUCUUCACAAGCGACUGCAUAUUCCUGAGGAAAACCCUCCUUAUCCCGGUCAUAUCGGAGAAGGGGACUUUGUUUAAUGGACUGAACUCAUUGGACUCUCCUGAGAAUGAAUCCAGAGAGACGUAUGCUCUCAAUAAUGAGAGGCCGCUGAAUAUAGAAGAAGAAAGCUCUUCGUCUCCGAGUCCAGAAGAUCCUGACACUAGGCCCAUUCAGCCUGGGGAACUUUCCGCUAAAGACUACUUGCAAAGACUGGACUUGCAGAUUAAACUGUCAACGCAAGCAGCUGCUAAAACAAUACAGGAGGACGAAUAUGGAGCUGGUGAACCUGGACACAAAGAUAACCCCUAUGCAGCAUCUUCCUACCAGAGCCUUCAUUAAAUCGUCAUGGAAUCCAAACUUGCAGGAUGCCGGAAGAUUGUUUUUCCAGUUAUGAAUGGAUAAGACUGAGCGACAUCAUGUGGAUUCUGGGUUUUGUUUUUGCUUUAAAUCUAAGCGGUUUCACUGUAUACUUCAGCGUGCCAGGGCACAAGUACGAGAAACGAUUGGCAGCAUAGUACCUUGCGCAUCUUUGGUGUGAAGUGUGAGCUACUACUACGUUUGUUUCCUUAUGCCAUCUCGACUCGCUGUUUUGUAAUACCACAGCAAAUUUUCUGCUGAUUUGCGGUGCGUGCUUAUUUGUUGCAUAGCUAGUUCACAGGAAAUGCUUGUCUUAUUGGUCUGAAAUUGGGUGUAAACUACCUGAUUUCAAACCUGUAAUCUCACUGUCAGUCUUGCAUGUGUGGGGUGCUGUGCUUUUUCCUACUGUCCGGCACACAUAUCGAUCUGGGGCAGAGGUAAACAUAAUUGCUCCAAAAUUAAGUUCAGUCAAAAUAAUGAAAUCUGAACCAGUUAUUGGACCUCAACUUUUUUUUGCAAAAUUAGAUUGAACUGAGAGGGAAAGAUCUCACUUUAGAUCAUUAUUUGGCAGUUCUGUUUGAUUACUGAUGAGUUUGGGAGUAGACUUUAGUAGAGUGGGUUGAAGAACAUAUUUGUUUGUAAUCUUCAAAUUGAAACCAAAAACAAUAAGACUUUCAGUGAUAAAGAUAGUGAAUUAGUCACAAACUUUUCUUUUUAAAAAAGAAUUGGAAUCAUCUCACUUUUAUAAAGUUAAACUCAAAUGUGCGGGUAUGAAAACCAAACUUAAGUCAAAUUUAACCAUUUGCUUUUAAAGGGGAACAACUGCAGGUGUUCUCACAUGCAGCCAUUUUAUUUAACACAUGGGCAGUGCACAGGCGGAUUCUCCAAACUUCAGAACCAAGUUGCCUUCAGUGUUGGAGUGGGGAGGAAGGGCUGACUCUUGAAUUGGCUAGUUGGGACUGCGCAACUUGAUGUAAAGGUAAUGUUGAGCUACUGGAUACAGAUGAUCACUGCAGUUGUGAGAGUGGCAUAUUUUCUCGUUGCCAGUUAGCGCCAGCAUUACGCUAUUCUAGUGAGCAAGGCUGCCCUUUUCUGUCACUCCCUUUUCUAAUUCUGAGUUUCAACCGUCGCUGACUGACCACUGCUCUCCCUUUGAGGCCUGGCCUCCUGCUCUGUAAUAGCUGAACACCAUGUGCUGUGUGUGGGUUUCUGUCUCUGGACGUGCACAUUUACUUUCUUUUAAAAAGUGAUUUGCUGAUUCGAUUGUGGAGCUUUUCUCCAUUUAGAUAAGGGAGAUGAGAGGAGACUUUAUCCCCCUUCCCAUCUUUAUGGUUUUAAAAUUGCCAAAGCUGGCUAAAGCAUUACCUAGGGGAAUGCAGUUUGUCAGUACACACUAAGUUAUAUGCGAUAUUUUCAGCUAGCCAGCUCCUUCCGACUCUUCCGAGAGAAGGUAUUUUACUUUUUAAAUAAGACUAAUUGUGCACCUACUAAACUGGAACUGAGGAGCCUAAUAAGAUACUUUUUUUUACAUUUUAAUGAAGUUGCAAAGAUCUGUUAAAUAAUUCAAGCGCACAUGGACUCUGUCAUUUGAGCUAUCUGCUCAGUAUCUAAUUACACCACACAGGUUGAGUGUUUUCUUUCCAUGGAGAACAUUAUGCCAAAUGCCCAUUCAGAUAGGAUUUCUAAUGAAAAUUUGUGAGGGAUUAUUCAUUGUUACAAUUAUAUAAAUCAUCUAGUUUGGCCUUUUUGUUAGCAGAUUUAAGAGCUCCAUCAAAUUAGCUUUUAUUCCUGUUUAUUUUUCUUUGAUUGAUCUCAUUUCCAUUUGUCUUAUUCACCUCCCAUGUGCACUUGGUUAGUGUUUGGUUUACCAGGUAAUUUGCUCAGGACCAUCAAGGAGGAUGCUUCUUAUUAGUGGGGCAACAACUGAACUGUUGGAAUUGAACCACAGAAUCUGUUUUGUGAAUGUACUUGCAAUGGAGAGCACCCUGCUGUGAGUAUUGGUUGAACACAGAACCUAUUAACAAUGAACCAAAUGAAAGAAAUGUACCAGAUUUAUAAAGAAUUGAUUUAAAUCUAUAUUGAGAGAGCAGCAUCAAUUAUGUUAAAGCACUGUUUACUCAGGUAGAUGGGUUAAUGGUUAGUAUAUAACUUCAUGUGAACAAUCAGCUGCUGUAAACUAUUCUUUAAGGCAAUGCAAACUCCCCACCAUGGAACUUCGUAAAAGCUGACAUGAAUUGUUAUAAAUGGACUGAUGAUGGAGACAAUGGAAGAAGAUCCACAGUGUGCAUUGUGGAUGCUGUAGGUACAAUCGCUUCCAAACUUUCCACCUUUGCUUUGGAAAGUGGUCUUUCACAUUGAAAUAGGAUCCCUGAUAGACCUGCACCAAAAUAAUUAAUUGUAACAAAAGAACUAUGAAAGCAAUCAUUGACAGAUUUUCCAAAUCAUGGGUUUGCCCCAACCUUCCCAUCCCAGGUAAACUUCAUAAUUUCAUAAGAAAAUGUCACUUCAAACAAAAAGAAGUAUUGCUUCUCAGGAUUUAUUCUGUCUGCUUCUGAACUUCAAAUUACCAAAUGCAUCGUUACAGCAUUUACUAAAAUCUAGUACCACAACAUCUUGUAAAAUGAGUACCUCAAAAUGUUGCAAGAAAAUGGAGAAACACAGUGCUCUUGGAUCUUCAUCUUGAGUUUUGGCUGCUGCUGAGUCUGUGGAGGGAAUCUUUAUUACUCAGUACGAACAAAGAACUAUCUUAAAUGCAUUCAUUCAGGCGAACAUUGGCAUACUGAAAGAACUGACAAUUUAUCCUGUUUUUCUCCAUACAUGAAUGUAUUGAUGUUUUGAUAACAUUUCGGGUAUUAACAUAGAAAGAUUACAGAUGUUGUAUGAGCUUAAAGCACGGAAGCUCACCUUGCAAAUAUUUAACUGAACCAUAUCCAUCUAACUUCUUUGCUUUAUAAUGUGAAGGCAAUUGCGUUUUUAAGCAACAUUAAAUAUAACAAAUAGAUAUGAAGUGAAUUAGUAGCCAUCAAGAUUACUGAAAUAACCCAUAAUUGCUAGAUAUCAGAUUAUAUAAUACUAGAAAUACACACCUGCAUUGUUAUCUGAAGAAGCAAGGUAUUAUUUUAUUAUUUCAGAUGGGCCAUUUAUCAAAAACAGCAAAGUAUGUUAAGCAUAUAUUGAAUAUAAGAUAAUUUUUCAGGUGAACAUUGACUUUUCUUCCAGAUUAAUGCGUUUCAUUUCAACUCUUUUUAUUGCUGUUAAGUAGUUUUCUAUGAUUUUCAUAUAAAUAUAUGUCAAAAUCCUUCUUUUGGGCUAUGUAUUUUCAAGUGGUGAGAAUCUUUUCAUUUUUUAAAUUUUAAAAAAAGGAAGUUAUUCAAAUCAGGUUUGAAAUGUAUGGUCUAAACCUCAGAGGAAGAAUAAAGAACAUUUAUGGUCAAUCAAGUGCUGGGCAGCAUCUCUUGCUGUUCAUAAUUGCUUCUCAUCAGUAUUAUUUUAAUCAAUACUAUUAUCUAAUAAUGUAUUUCUGUGGCUUUUAACUAAAAUAUCAAUUCCUGUUGACUAAACUCUGGCUGAGGAGCUUGUUGAUAAAAAAGCAAAUCACUUUUCAUUAAAGAAUGCAGGAUGGUUAUGAACUUUUUUUUAUCAGAUAUUUAGCGCAGAUGAAAAUGUCCUUCAAGUAGGACCUCUUAGUUGACAUAGUUAUUCAGUUCUUCCUCUUUUCUACCAUUGUUAGAUGGCCAAAUAGUAAUCAGAUAGAGAUUUCCGACUUUCCACCCAGUUGUUAGGCUGAAAUUGCAAGCUGACAAAUCAUUAUAGAAACUACUUAAUUUUUAUUGUCCUUAAUUUUGAUCUAUCUAUAACUUGCAUUGUAAGUUUACCCCAUUGUUACUGUUUGGAUUACUUGGCAUGGUUUGGAUCACUUAUGAUAGUAAUAUUUUAUGUGCAUUUGUUCACCUAUAGUCUUUAGAUUUGGUUUUGAUUUUCAGGAAAAAAAAAUCACAUAGACUGGAGUGGAAGUGGAUGGAACUGAUAAAAUGUGCAUUUCAAAUUCAUUGUUGCAAAACAGCACUAAGUACUGUAAUAGUUAUCCCACCUAUGUACUUCAGAGAAGGUGGACAAAUCUGCUUCUUCCUGUGAGUUGUGUGAAAAUGCUGUCUUUUAAAAUUAGAUUAAAUUAUAUAUUUUUGCUUUCUAUUGACAUUCCUACAUUAUACCAAGAUUAUUUUGCUUCAGGACCAAUAUUGGGUAAAUACUGUUAGAAAGAAUAUUGCUACAGAUGGUGAUUGUGUACAUCAGAGGUCUGCAGCUUCAUGUUGAAGACCCAAAUGGGAUAACUAAUGCAGUAAACAUUUAAUGCAUGAAUUGUUUGUGUGGGUGUGUAUGUUGUGGCCUUAGAUAUUUUUUUAACUGAUGUAUUGAUAAUGAGGACUUGUUCCUCUGGUUACUAUUUCAUUUGAAAAUCUGCAAUAAAUAGUUUUUGUUACAAUUUCAA